CUGUGCCAUCAGCUGCAGAGUAACAGCUCUGCUCUGACAGCCGGCGGUGAGCCUGAGAGGAUCAGCUGUAACGGGAUUGUUACUGAGGAUGAAGAUGAUGAUCCUGCUCCUCUUACUCGUUUCCCAGCAUGCCUCAGGGGUGGAGGUUUAUGAGGGGGUGGAGUCUGUCCUGCUUCCCUGUCGGAUACAAGCUGAUGAUUCCAGGAGCGCCACAGAACUGCUGUGGCACUGUGAUGAGUUCAAGAACCCGCGAGUCCACGUGCGCCUGCUUAGUGGUGACGAUCUUCAUGAUCAAAACGUUCGUUACGUCGGUCGAACAUCAAUGAGAGCCGACGCUUUGCAGACUGGAGACCUCAGCCUCACUCUGAGAAACCCUACAGUCUUUGACAGUGGAACCUACACCUGCAUCACCCUCAGGAGCAAAGAAGAGCUGAGCUGGACUGAAGUACAGUUGAAGGUCACGGAAGCUCCUCCUCCAGUCUGGGCCCACAGAAAUGGCCAAAACAACAAACAAAACACUGGAAAUGAAUCAGAACUAACUUACCUAUAG